AUGUCAACAACAUCAUCUCUUUUGCUUCUUGAUGAUGAACGAAAAGCUCAAUUGGAUUUAUUAAAUAAAAUCGAUGAAUCUGCUGCUGUUGAUAUCUGUAAUGCGGCAUUGGGUUAUUUAUCAACAGGACUCAAUACAAAAUCAGUCACUAAUGCAGCAAAUCAUCUUCAAUUAGACGUUGAAAUUGUUCGAACAACAAUCGAUAGUCUUUUAUGGUUAUAUACUGAAUGUGCUAAAGCAAAAAUUUCAUCUGAUGCUCUUGAUGAAUCAUUAAAAUUACUUGGUUAUAGUACACAACUUCGACAAAGUUUUAUUGAAUGCUAUCAAUCAAAAGCUCAUCAAUUACAAACAACACUUACUACUGAUCUUGCUCUUUCAUUACCACAUUAUAAAAAUUUAUAUUGGCGUUUUGAUGUACAAAUUGCUACAAGAAGUAUGCGUAGUCGAAAACAAUUUGAUCCUUUUUUUAUUCUUAAAUUAACAUUAAUUAAUGGUAAUAAUGAUAAAGAACAAGUUCAUGUAUUUCAAGUUGAUCCAUUAACACUUGUACACAUUGUCGAACAACUUGAAUUAGCUAUGAAUGAAUUAAGAAAUAAUCAUGCUCGAAGAAUUGUGCAUACAUUUCGAUGA